UGGCUGUCCCAGGUUCUGCCGGCAUUUCUAGUGAUGGGGCGUGAGGAGCAUGCGCGAGAGGAGGCUAUAGCGCGCGUGCGCAGCGUUCUCAGGCGGAACCUCGCCGAGGAAAACAGUGUCCCGCGCCGGAGAUCGCGGCUGGAGUCUCGCUGACCCAAGGUGAUGAGAAGAUUUUUGUUACUGUAUGCUACACAGCGAGGACAGGCAAAGGCCAUAGCAGAAGAAAUUAGUGAGCAGGCUGUGUCACAUGGGUUUUCUGCAGAGCUUCACUGUAUCAGUGAGUCGGAAAAGUAUGAUCUGAAAACCGAAACUGCUCCUCUGGUAAUGGUCGUGUCCACCACGGGUACUGGAGAUCCGCCCGACACAGCCCUCAAGUUUGUUAAAGAAAUACACGACAGGACUCUACCCUCAGACUUCUUUGCUCGCCUGCGGUAUGGAUUGUUGGGUUUGGGUGACUCAGAAUACACAUACUUCUGCAAUGGAGGGAAAGUAAUCGAUAAACGUCUCCAGGAGCUUGGAGCCCAGCAUUUCUAUGACACUGGACAUGCCGAUGACUGUGUGGGCUUAGAGCUCGUGGUAGAGCCAUGGAUUGCUGGACUCUGGGCCGCCCUCACAAAACACUUUAAGUCACUCAGAGAGCAAGACGGAAUGAGUGACAUGCUCCCACCGGCAUCAGAUGCCCCCUUGAACACCGCUGUGAAGUCGGAGUUGUUACACAUCCAGUCACAAGUUGAACUUCUCAGAUUGGAGGAUGUGGGAAAGAGGGGUUCCGAGGUGUGGGAGCGCAAUGAAGCUAACAGGAGUCAGAGGGGAGAUGUGAUUGAAGACUUGGAGUCCUCGCUUGUGCGCUCAGUUCCCCCACUCUCAGACGCCUCUCUGAGUAUUCCCGCUUUGCCAGCAGAGUAUUUGGAGGUCCGUCUUCAGGAGGCUCUUGGCCAGGAGGAAAGCCAGACACCUGUGACUUCGGUGGAUCCAGUUUUUCAGGUUCCAAUUUCAAAAGCUGUUCAGCUGACUACAAAUGAUGCCAUAAAGACCACACUGCUGUUGGAACUGGACAUUUCAAAAAUCGAGUUUCCCCAUCAGCCUGGAGAUUCCUUCAAUGUGAUCUGCCCAAACAGUGACUCUGAGGUGGAAAACCUGCUUCAAAGGCUGCAGCUGGCUGAUAAACAAGCACACCGUGUCAUCGUGAAAGUUAAGACGGACACUAAGAAGAAAGGAGCUGCUGUGCCCCAGCACGUGCCCGAGGGCUGUUCUCUCCAGUUCCUCCUCACCUGGUGUCUGGAAAUACGGGCAGUUCCCAAAAAGGCGUUUUUGCGUGCCCUGGUGGACUGUACCAGCAGCGCUGCUGAAAAGCGGAGGCUGCAGGAGCUGUGCAGUAAACAGGGGGCAGCUGAUUACAACCGAUUCAUCCGGGACGCCAGCGUCUGCCUGCUGGACCUGCUCCUCACCUUCCCGUCCUGCCACCCUCCACUCGGCCUCCUGCUCGAGCACCUUCCCAAACUCCAACCUCGACCAUACUCUUGUGCAAGCUCGAGCUUACUCCAUCCGGACAAGCUUCACUUUGUGUUUAACAUCAUAGAGUAUCCAUCUAACACCACAGCGGGCACGCUGCGGAAGGGGGUGUGCACAGGCUGGUUGGCUACAUUGGUUGCUCCGUUUCUUCAGCCAAACACGGAAGCUUUGCACGCAGACUGUCCUGCUACCCUGGCUCCUAAGAUAUCCAUCUCUCCUCGAGCAGCACACUCUUUCCACUUACCGGAUGACCCUUCGGCCCCCAUCAUGAUGGUGGGUCCAGGAACUGGCGUGGCCCCCUUCAUUGGCUUCCUCCAGCACAGAGAGAAACUCCAAGAACAACACCCACGUGGGAAUUUUGGAGCCAUGUGGCUGUUUUUUGGCUGCAGACAUAAGGACAGAGACUAUUUGUUCAGAGAGGAGCUCAGACGUUUCCUCAAGAUUGGGAUCUUGACUCACCUGAAAGUCUCCUUCUCGAGAGAUGCCCCAGCGGAGGGGGAGGAGGCCCCAGCAAAGUAUGUGCAAGACAACCUGCAGCGUCACAGCCAGCAGGUGGCCAGGACCCUCCUCCAGGAGAACGGCUACAUUUACGUGUGUGGAGAUGCCAAGAACAUGGCUAAAGAUGUGAACGACACCCUUGUAGACAUCAUAAGCAAAGAAGCCGGAGUUAACAAACUAGAAGCAAUGAAAACACUGGCAACGUUAAAACAAGAGAGACGAUACCUUCAGGACAUUUGGUCAUAAAACUUACAAUGCCAAAGCAUAGCUUUACCAAAGCUGAGGUUAAAGUGGUUUGAACAUUUCUCAGAGGAGGUUGGGUAGGGAACAGAUCACUUACAGGUCUGGUGCAGUCCCAUAGGUGCUUCUCCACUCCUCGUCUGUGGCCCUACCUGCGCCGCACUUUGUGGAGGUGAAGAGGCAGCUCUCGGUGCCGCCGCCCCUUCCCCCCUGCCCCACCCAGAGGACAGGUAGUCAGUGGCUCUCCUGAGCCUGUGCACAUGUUGGAAAACUUGUGGGCAUGUUACCUGACUAUGAGUUAUACGUGAGGAAUAUUUAUACCAGUAAUAUUUAAAUUAAUGGCUGUAAAGCAUACUUCUUGGAUGUUUAUAUAAUUAUUUGAUUGUGGUUUAUUAUCAAAAUUAUAUUUCUGAUAAAAUAUUUAAUUUUGAAAUAAUCCUUAUAAGAGUUUUAUGCUACUAGAAAUAUAUUUUGAGAUAUAUUUGAAAUUCUACUCUGCCUUUUUCAUCAUGUUUAUUUGCAAUGUCACAAUUCUGUAGUUUGGGGGCAUUUGCAUCCCCCGUACAGACAUCGUGUGCUCCUGUCAGUCAUGUUACACCCUGUCCUUCUCAUGGGCUCCUUUCAUCUGUGCUCCUCACAAAUAAGAGUUGGCUUCUUCCCAAAACUGACUGUAUUUCUGUGGCAUCACUCAGAUUGUAUCCCAGCUUUAAAAUACUGCAGCUAGGUUUCUGAUCCUAAAUGCUCUUGGAAGCUAUGGAAAUAAAGUAUGUAAAAGGGUUCUGUACUAGGUGUGCAUGCUGUUGCUGGGACAGAGACUUGAGGAGGAGGAUUUCAGCUUAUGGUUCUGGUGUGCGAUGCAGAGUGGUUGGGAGGGCAUGUUGGCAGAAGCCAGAGCUCCGCUCACGUCACAACACGUCCAUAGUCCAGGAGAAGACUGCUCGUGCCUAGCUAGUUUUCUUCUCUACACUCUGGAACCCCACCCAUGGCAUGGGUCUGCCAACUUUUAGUGUGGGUCUUUCCACCGCUGCCCAAUCCACAGGCAUGCCCAGAGGUGUGUCUCCAAGGGAUUCUAGAUCCUGUCAACUGACUCAGUAUAACUCUCGGGUAUAAUAGCUUUCUCCAUUCAGUAUAUUGUCUCAUUUCAUGGUUCACCAUUUAAAUCCAUACCUGGUGAAGUGCUCCUUGAUCAUUGUGAGAAUUAAAGAUCUGAGAAUGUAAUAUGCUAAUCUCAA